AUGGGUUGUGAUUAUUCAAAAGAAGUUAAAAAGGAUUUCACAUCUAGAAUAAAACAAAUUCAAAAUAAAAUUGCAGCCCUCGUUAAACGAAAGUCCCAGCUCGAGGAGCUGCUUCACGAAAUGGGGACUCCAAAAGAACCCAGCAUCACAGAAGAUGAUAUUAGAUCCGAACUUAAUCGUCGACUCGAAAGGCUUGAAGAAAUGAUAAAAGAAAUCCAUAAAUUAAAUAAGCUUGGCAACAGUGAUACGUUUACGCCCAGCAAUUUUCGAAGCUAUAAUUCUGUGAAGAUUGAAGAAUCUGUUUAAAUUAAAGAUGUGCAUUUAAAGUCCUCAUUCCGGAGUGCAAUCCAUUUCAUAGCGUUGUGUGGUUGGCUCCCUCAAGGCUUCAAGGCUAAAUAUACCCUUGAGCAGCUCUUUGCAACAAAAACCACGUCCGGUAUGCAUAAGCAUACCCGCCACAAGGUAGAUGGUCUCUCGUCACAAGCCAUUUUACAUAUAUGAAGAAUCUGUUAAGUUUGAGAAAAAGGAAGAGUCAUUUGAAGAAGAUAGUGAACAGAGUGAGGAAAAAGAAGAAUCUGAUAUAAAAGAGGAAGCAAGCCAGAAAAAAACGCAUGUUGUGUUUAAUGUGGCUGCUAUUAUUGAGGAUCCGUCUAUCAAAGCGAUCAUUGAGAAAAAAAGAAAGAUGCUGGAGGGUAAAAAUAAGGCUGCUAAUGAGUCGCUGAGUACGGAGCUAAAAGAAACUGGAAGUUUAGUUGAUAAUCAAAGUGUAGUAUAA